CGGAAGUGGGGCGGCCGAGGCGGGGCACUGUGGAGGGUGUCAUGGCGGCGCGGGCGGUGGGGACGUGGAGUCCCUGGCGCCGGCUGAUGCCGGCGGCACUGUGGGAGCAGCCGCGGCGGCUCCAGCAUGAGCGGCCGCUCGACCCGUCCGACCAGCCCAUACAAAUGGAGAACCCCUAUAAAGAACCUCCAAAAAGAUGUGUCUUAUGUGGAAUAAAUGUGGACUAUAAGAAUGUGCAGCUUCUUUCCCAGUUUGUUUCUCCGCACACUGGCUGCAUUUACGGCAGGCAUAUAACAGGUUUGUGCAACAAGAAGCAGAAGGAAAUUACAAAAGCCAUUAAAAGAGCUCAUGUGUUUGGAUUUAUGCCAGUUAUGUACAAGAGCCCAUCAUUUCUCACAGACCCCAAGAUAUGUAAUAUCAAGUAUUCAGAGUAACACACUGUAAAGAAAUAAACAAUAAAUCUACUUUUCUUGUUUA